UCUCACUCCUUCCUCACUGUGCCGACCGGAGAGACACGCGCUCCCUGCUUUUCUGCCUGGCUGCUGGCUCUGCUCCAGCAUCGCUCCCCGUGCCUCUCGGGUGCUCGUCCUCCCCCCACCCCCCCCUCCAGCCUAUGUCUCCCCCUGUGGGGUUUGUUGGCCAGCCUGCUUCCCUCGCUGCUGCUGCAUUGGAGCUGUCUGACACUGCACUGCUACGCCGCUAUACUGCUCUGCCUUUCACACUCACACUCUGCCUUGCUGGAUAAUCACUGAGACAGCGACGGAGGAACGGAAGGGAGGGAGGCAGGGACACAGAAAAGCCCGCACUCUGCUGCAUUCUUCAGUCCGUCUUCUUCCGCUGCCUCCCCGGGCUGCUGGGGGUGCAGUGCAGGGGGACAACUGGACGGGGCGAUAUAGCUCCCUGAAGGAAUUUAUCCUCCUCUCUUCGCACUUCCUCGCUCUGCUCAUUCCUGGGACAGAGUGCAGAGGAGGAGAGAAGAGGGAGGGACCGGGAGCAGGACUUCAGACCCUGCCUUCAGCUGCAAUGCUCAGUGUCCCGCCGUGCUCCAGAGACAAGUGAGGGAAACACAUGGGCAUAUUCGCAUAGAUCGAGACACAGCUCAGGCCGAGCGGACCAGCAGACGGAGGGACGGACGGACUGACAAGGACACCCAGUGUAGAAAUAUCUGAGUCAGACAAGACCACUGACUGACUGACUGACAGACAGGGGGUGUCAUGGCGUCGGUGGACAGCACCGGUUUGAGUGUCUCUGGACGACGGACAUCAGGGGAUCUACUUCAUGCUGGUCUGGCAGUUGCACUGCUGCUCGGUGUGUGGAGCGUUGGUGGACUGGAGGUGUUGACAGGUAAAGUGUCCUCAAUCGAAGCAAUGAACGGCUCCACGGUCCUGCUGCCCUGCACCUACGCCUCCUGUAUUGGCAUCAAAGACCUCUACUUCAACUGGCACUACAAUGACAAUGGAACCAUGAUGAAGUUAUGUGACGCAACGAUCCCCAUGGAGGGCGUGGAGCCCCGGGUCAGUGUUUACCAUGAUCGCGUGGACUUUGUCGGCUCCUCGAAGAAGAACAACAUCUCCAUCCUGCUGUGGAACAUCACAUUUGAAGACCAAGGGGAAUACAUCUGCUUCGCCCGGAACCGGAAGGAGAAGAACCGCAACCACAGCGCUGUCAUCACUCUCAUAGUGGUGGACCAAAUGAGGGAGAUUGACAAUACUUUGACAACCAUCAUUGUCUCCGUGGUGGGUGGAGUCAUCGGCUUAGUUAUCUUUGUCAUGGUGAUAAAGGCCUUGGUUGUUCACUUCCUGCUGAAGGAUGAUGAGAAGAAUAAAGAGUGCCUGGUGAGCUCCUCAGGGAACGACAACACAGAAAAUGGACUCACGGGAGCCAAAGGUGACAACAAAGGGACGCCAAAGGCAUGAGGAAAAAGCAAAGUAUGGCUGAAUGUUUGUAUAUACGUUAGACGAAUGACGCGCGCUCAGAGAAGACGCUGUUGUCAGUGGACUGUUUUAUCUUACUAGUGGCUAAACCAAUACAAUAUGUUAAUGUAUCUUUUAAAUCAUGCUUGAGAUUUGGGAGGUGUGAAAUGUGCACGGGGGGCCUGGAUCACUUCCUCACUUCCAUGGCAGCCCACUUGCUACACAGCGCACAGCAUCGGCUAUCAAAUUCUGCUCCGUUAUCUCACCGAGCCUCACACGUAGCCCACAGAUAAGGCUCAAGUAUAAAGCUUUUGCUUCCAACUUUAAAGACACGCUUUCCCAAACCGCUUCCUCUUCAAGGUAUGUUUUCAAAGAAGUUCUAAUUACUAAGAACUACUGCAUCACUUUAGAGGAAGUGCUUUGCAAAAGAGCAGAUACUUUAUGUAGCCUCAAGUUGGUUUGUAAGUUGCAGAAUUUAACUGCCCCGCCGAAAUACAGUAACCAAUUUCAAGUUGACAAGCAGCAGCAUGUUCGAUUCUCCAUUUGGAGCUCAUGGGUCUAAUGUUGUCCACAUCUCCAAGUCAUCUCCAGUCGUCCAAUCUGGACCCAAACAAACCUGACCAGUCAACAGGAGAGCAGCAAACAAAAAAAAAAUGCUCACAUGAUGACGCUGAUGCAUUUCCACCUCCAAACUAUUAAAAAAAAAUUAACUGUCCCGGUCUAAACACUGAUCUUAAUUUCUGAAAUAUGACUUUCAUGCUUAGUGCCGGGCCCAGUACGAUGCACUGUCGGGGUGUGCUCGGUUCAUUAAAAGGGUCAAACAGCAGAUUUUGAUCAGCCGCUGGCUCGCUAAAGGCUGACAACUGGGCUUUCUUGGGUGACUAAGAAGGAUCCAGCUCUGCACAGGUUUUUAUUGUUUUGCUCUAGAUGAAACACAGGUGCCUGUUAUGCUUCUGCUCCCUCUGCUGGCGGGAGGAUAAAAAAACACAGAAAAUGUAUGAAAAAAACAAACAAACAAAAGACAACAACCCUCAUCUGAAAGACAAUCCCCAGACCUACCCAGCUCCCUGUAGGAAGGAAUGAACGUAAUCAUGCUGCUUCUGACUAAUAACCAAUGCAUUUUUAGCAUGUGCGCAUUUUAUAUAACGUCAUAUAAGUAUGUGUUGUCUAGUACCACAGUACAUUUCUGUGUGUCUUUGUUUGGUCCCCAUUCAACCCUUCACAUCAAGCUCACCUGAAUGAAGCUAAGUGAGGAAAUGCCAGGUGAGCACCUCCCUCCCAACACUGCUACACCUGUUCUGACCCCUUUAACCAGGUCAGGGUGAUUUUUGUCUUAGCGUAAUGACCUGCAGAUAUUCGAGGGAAAGCAAGGGUGAAAAACAAAUGCAAGAACCAAUUUCUUUUUGGCACCUCCAAAUUUGAAAUUGAAAUACAAACAAAAAAGUUUAAGACGUUGGCAACUGUCACAUCGGCAGCAUAUAAUGCAAGUAGGAAGAGCAACAUACAUCCGCAGUUCUCCGGAUACCAGUUCACUCUUUUAAUUUCCUCCGUUUCAAAUGAAGUCCGACUGGCUCCCUUUCAAUGCAAACUAGCUCGGAUAACCAUAAAUGAACAAUUCAAGUAAAUUCAUACAGCCUCAGUAAUAAAGGCAGCACAGCACUGGGACAGAUUGCUACAAAAAGAAUGUAACGAGCCUGUCAGGGAAUAAAUGUGAACUACUGUCCAAAAGGUAGCCUAUAUAUAUAUAUAUAUAUUUUUUAAUUCAUUACAAAAAAUAAUAUCCACUGUGGCAGUGUUAUUACAAAAAUGAAAGGCAAGUUUUUCUUUGCUGACUGUUGCUAACUGUCAUGUUCAGUGGAACUUGACGACAAGCCAAAACGUUCAGUGUUUCACUCAGUUCACAGUUCAGAUUAGCAAAUAACGUGUUGCUGUGACUGCACCUGAAGACUAUGGGAUGUUUGUUGUGAGUUUUCGAUAGGCAGUGGUGUCUUCGCCCUGAGCACGUAGCAAGUGUUAAAGGGUUCGGUGGGAGCAAAUACAGAUUUAAAUAGUGGAACAAAUGAAAUGACUUGUUUAGGAAGAGAAUAAGAGUGAAUAGGAGAGUCUUCAUACAAUAAUUUUCUCAGCCUGUGCGAAGUCAACAGGGGUGAACUUUAGACCAUUAGAAACUAAAACCUCUCUGUGCGACUCCGGCGGUCACGAGAGGUCACUUCUGCGGAGCUGGCCGACAUGACCCACCACACCCGCCUGCAUAGCUUGAAUAGCUGUGACAGCUGGAAGCUACUCACAGACAUCUGCGCACACACACACAUAUGCCGACACGCGCGUACUCACGACCGAGCCACAGAGUGCAGUACACCGGCCUUGCAUAGAAACAACACAGCACUUUACCACUGAUCAGAGUGGCUGCACCACACAGGAAACCAUGGCAACGACGUCGCAGUCAGAUAUACAGUACGAGAGUUGACUAAAGCCGACAUUUUUUAAUCACAUGUUUAACCAGUGUGCACCUGACAACAGCAUUGUGUCAUAAAAUGGUGUCAGCGUUGACCGUCUACGUGUUGUCUCAUUGGAACAGAGCUCUGUGGCAAGAUUUGAUCUUAUUUUUCUAAUUGUUAGUUUGCUGCUCUCCAGCACUGGAGCGCAUUUGCCCUUUUUUUUUUUGCUUUCAAUGGAAGCAAUAAGACAGACACCAGGUUAUGCAAUAAACUGCCACAAGGCACUUUAUAGAUAGUGUCUGGACUGGCUGUGAUAGCAUCUGUAUGUCCAAGGCACUGUUCACGUGUAGCUACACUGUACGAAUGUAUCUCAUUUGGACUAAUGCAUUGACAUUAUGGUUCAUAUAGCUACAUGAGACAGAUUUAACUGCAUCGGACCAAUCGAUAUCAGAUCCCCUAUACACUUGGCAUUGAAUUCCCAGCGUAGAUGGAAUAUGUUUCAAGAAGAGCCAGUUGCUUCAAGCUCCAUUAUAAAACACCUCCAACUUCUUCCUUUCAUUGACUGAGCAAAACUCUACAGCCGAUUUCUGAUUAUCCACGUCUGUCGUGGAUAAUCAGAAAUCAAAAACGAGUCGUGCAACCAGAGAUAUAAAAAUCAAGAAGGCGAAAAGAACGUUCAGAAAAGAGGACACAGAUUCUAAUGGCUUUUCAUGUGUAAAUCAUGAAAGUACAAUAGUAAUAAUUGUCUUGUGUACAUGUUGGACCAUCUGUACCUAGUCGUUUAAUGAGGCCUGUAUCUGGAGUGAACUGAGAGUACGGUUUAACCGUACUAUAUCACAGCACAGUUAGUUUCACAUAGCCACAUCUAUCUCCACAGCAUUGUAUCAAGGCUGAGAACGGCCUGGCACUCUGAUUCAUCAGUAAUUCUUUAAAGCGACCACAAUCAUCUUGGGAGCCCAGGAUGCAACAUUCAGGUGGAAGAGGGUCCACCACUCUCCUGUAACUUGUGUCAGCUAGAACUAAGAAAAAAUGUACUGGAUGGAUUUCAACAGUUUCGCCAUUUAAAAGUCUGCUGGGUUCAAAAGAGCCUUUUUAAAAUCUGACUGCUAUUUUAUGGGCAUUAUAUUUUGCCUCAAUCCCGAGCGUGCAAUUUGAGAUUUGGAGCACAGAAAAAAAAAAUAUUUUGCAAGCACAUAAAAUAUAUUUUGAAGAUAGAUUAUAUGCAAGCAGAAAAUUAUUCAGUUUGAGCUAAACAAAAAUCAACCCUGUGCUCAACAAAUGUAUUCACAUGCUCAAAUUGCUCACUCAGGAACGGGCCACAUAUAUAACGGCAUACUAUUUUACCACCUAGAAAAUGCCAUACAAGACAACCAGUGUCCGGUGUUGUUCUUCCUUUCAUCAAUGCAUUGUACUGUAAUAAUCCCGUUAUUGUUGCAACCAUUAUUUCAACCAUAGCAAUGCUCUCAACACUUUGUGGUUUGCUAUUUCACCUUUGGAGUGGAUCAUUGGUAACAAACUUGUCCUCUGACCGAGAAGACUUUUGGUUGUCAUGAAUGGCUUGAACAGAUGUAUGGAUUUACCAUCUUAAUAGCAUGUGUGUCACACUAAUUCCUGAUUUUGGUUCAGGCAAUUAGAUUCCAUUCAAAAUACAGAUACUAUGAAGAAGCUAAAGAGGCGUGAAACAACACAUUUGAAAUGCAUUUUCCUCUGGAAUUUUAUUGCUGGGUAUAAAUGGGAUCAGCGCUGAUCUUUGUUCAUGGAAAUUAGGUAGUUACUGAUUUGUAAUGUACUAUUGUGAGCGCUACAGAAGACUGUAAUAGCUCCUAACAUUGUAACUGUAACUGUGCAGUGUUAGACGUGAUACGGUAUUCUUGUUGUGUUUUAACACUGAAUGUUAUGGAUAAACGGAUGUACUAUACACAGAUACGCACACACACACACACACACACACACACACACACACUUGCUUCCUCAUCUAACCAUCCAUGUGUAUAAGGAGUACACAGUCUUCCUGUGAGGAAAAGCAUCGCUGUGGAGUUGAUGCGUCUGUUAGUGUACUUUUCUUCCUCCAUACCUCUAACACUAACCUGGCUCAACAAAUUUCAUGUGGGGACUGUGAUGCAUAACGUGGAUAUUUGUGGCCACUGUUUAAGUCCCUGUUCCUUUCUGUGGUCUUCUGUGAUUUUAUUUGAUUUUUUGGGAGUGAAGCCCACUAACCCUGUUUUACAGUUUCAGGAGAUUGCUGGGAUGGAUUUAUUCCCCUGAAGUGAAACUACUGACAAGAAAAAAAAUAACUAUAUUGAAAUCCGCCCAGCAAACAAUAUAGGCAGGCAUGUGGGGGAGGGUGUCUGAGUAAUGAAGGCCACGUACAGAAUGUGCGUGACAAACAGGAUAAUGUUACUUGAUCGAAUGUACGAAUGCGUAAUACAUCUAGCCUUCGCAUUCUCAUGAAAUUGUUCUGGGUUAUGGAAUGACUGUUUAAAGUAUUCAUUUUGUUUCUGGGUAAAUUCUGACAUGCAUGUUCUUGUCCAGGAAAACAUGAGUUGAUUUCAGCCAACUGCUUGCAGUGAUUGCUGCAGAACUGACUCUGCCCUGUGCAACACUCCCCCUGCAGUGGUGCAAUACAUCACAGUCAACACAACAUGACUGCCACCUAGUGGUAAAUGCCUAACACAUUAUAAUAGAAAUAUAAUCAUGUAAUCCUCUCCAGCAGAAGCUAGUGAAACAUACAACAGGCGUUUAUUGUAUUUUCAUUCAGACCAUACAGGUUGUAUGAUGAAAAAAAAAACAGUGUCAAUCACAACCAAGGAUAGAAUUAUAAUUGUAUGUAACUGAAUGAUAAGCUCAUUGUGGCAGUUGAAACCAUUCAUAAAUCAUAAAUAGUAACCGCAAUCGCUUUUACAUGACACCACUAGUAACAUAGAUAUACAUCAUUUAAUCCCAGUGCCUAUUGGGUGUUUUAUCAGCAUUCAAUGUGGUUUACACAAGUUUACACAAAAUCUAUUAGGAAAAGGAUUCACAACACUAUUUGUACAAACGUGGAUUCUUUCUCAAAUUGCUCCCAGGUGACGACGUCUACAGUGAGAGUUAAAUAGAUACAGACAGUCUCAGUGUUAGUGUCACAUUUUUCUCACAAAAAAGUGUUGGGAGUUCCGACUGACCACUACGGUUCCUUCGUAUUGCUCUUACUGCCAGAGCAGCUGAAACUCAUACUGCCAGUCCAAGAGUCUCACGUCUGCUGUUGUUACAACACUAUCACCAUGACACCACAACUCUAUUUGUACACUUACACCACAAAAACAUAUUACCGUCUUCCACUGUAUCGAUGGCAUUACAGUACUAAAUUGCGUAUGAUAUCGGCUCUGUAUCACUGAUGUAUUUCUUAGCGGCUGAAGCUCGCACUGCCAAGCCAAGAGUCUGACGUCUGCUCUCUGCUUCCCACAUUCCACACGGAACAAUUGAUCAAGCCACUGAUCGAACGUUGGUUUAAUUCAGCAAACGGGUUUUUACUACAAUCCCAAACGCAAGGGGAUGAUAAAUCGACGGGGGGAAAUAGGAGCAAUCCGUUCUUAUUUUUGGCACAAACAUGAUCGAUUCCACAGUAAGAAUUUUGAGAUAGUGAACGACAUUUUUUAGCAAUGCCAAACUGUGUACAAACGACUAUUGUAACAUAGUGUUUGUCAAUAUUAUAUCACAUGUCUAGCGAACUGCCUUCUAUAACUCUUAAUCUUGUAGACCAUGGCUAGCUAGCUAGCAAGAGAUUUGAAUUAUAAGCACAGGCUGACACUGACCGUUCCACAUCUCACUGCAGUCCCACACUUUCAAUCGUUUCAACGAUGUGUUCCUUACACGUCCAGCAGCUGUAAACUUAAUCAUAUUGAAAUCCAACCAAGAAAUUCACAUCUACACAUUAUCUUAAGGUGUCUAACUCUAGACACUCGGAAAUUCCUAAUUUUGCUUACAAUAACACAUUCAAAUUCAACACACACACACACACACACACACACACCUGUAAUCAACCUUUCUCUGAAUGCUCAGCUGUCUGUCUGUGUUUGUUUGUGACCUUGUUGCUCAUGCUCCCUUCAUGACUAUGCACCUCAAACCUUUGACUUGUCAAAAAAAUAAAAUAUAAUACUAUGAAUAAAAUGCUGGUUGAAAUUCCCA